AUGGCCCCUCCACAUAACAAAAGAAUAAAAACAUUAUCCGUUUCAAGACCAUUCAUAUAUGGAAACACCGCAAAAAAAAUAGGUAGUAUUAGACCGCCAAAUGCUCCACCAGAACAUACACAUAUUUGGAAAUUAUUUAUAAAGGGAUUAAAUAAUGAUGAUAUUUCAUAUUUCAUUAAAAAAGUCGUAGUCAAAUUACAUGAUACUUAUCCAAAUCCAAUUCGAACUCUAGAGACUCCACCUUUUGAAAUUACUGAAACAGGUUGGGGUGAAUUCGAAAUUAAUAUUAAAAUUUAUUUCAUUGAUUCUUCCAAUGAAAAAUUCCUAAAUUUUUAUCAUCAUUUAAGAUUACAUCCAUAUAAAACUCCAAAUCAAAUAGCAUCAACUGAAGAAGCUUCCACUGCAACUACGACUACGGAAAAUAGUAAUAAUGCAACUACAAAAGAUGAGGGAAAAAAUGAUAAUUCAAAAAAACAAGAUGAUGAUAUAGUAAGCUCUGUAAUAUAUGAUGAAAUAAUAUUCAAUGAACCAAAUGAAACUUUCUUAAACGUUUUAUUAUCUAAACCAGGUAAUUAUUUACCAUCAAAUUCAGAAGAAAUUAAUGAAAAAAAUAUUGUUAAUGGUACAAUUUUUUCCAAACAAUUAGAAUCUGAUGAAAUAGAUCGAAUAAAUUUGCGUAUAGACACUGUAGAAAAGGAAAUUAAUGAAUUAAAAGAAAAGAUAAAAGAACGAUUAGCUUCUAAAUAA